GCAAAAGUGCCAGCCGGGCGAUAGGAAGACGGCAGUCGGUCAUAACGCCAGAACUCGAUUAAACGUCACCAUAUUGGCCGACGCACCAGAACGCGACUCCCUUCUGCGUUAUAACACUAACACGCUUACAGUUUUCCUGCACGUCUUCCUUUCGUGUCGAUUUUACACCGGAGUGACAUGGACAGCCCCGUGCGUCAGGGGUGACGUCACAGGGGUUUGCCUGCUGGGAUGUGUAGAUACUGGAAACAAAUAACAGCCCCUUCGUUUCCGUAUUUAUCUGUUAUAUAUCGCUGCAGCAGUUCGCGAACAUCGCAGGUUUGCAGAAUGCCCCCGCCGCUUUAAAAAAAGAAAUCAAGAUUUUUAGAUCUUUGCUAUUCGGCGCUGUUAUCAUCUCAACUACAGGAGAGUUUUGACGUCUCUGAUUGAGGAAGUGGGAUGUGGCCAGGCUUGUGUUUCGUGUUGCGGAUUAAGAUGUGAAAAUGUUAGUAGGGGAGGUUUGUGAUUCCUGUUACACUGUAACCUUAAGUAGGCUAGUAAGACUGGCGCUUGACGAUUCCUCGUUGAACUAAGGAAAUGACUCCUUUCUGCAUGCUUUGAAAUGCUGCCGGGGGUUGUCACAUGGGGCGCAUGAAGAGAAGAUGCGAAUUUUGAUGUGGAUGUUUUAAGUGUAUUUUUAAAGUGGAGCCAUUAGAGUUCAAUGGUUAAAAUGUCAACUCAGCACCAGAUAAUGGACUCAUCUCUAUCACUGGGAAGAUUGGAAAUAAAAAGUGGUGCGGUGAGUCAGGAUCAUGGCCUUUCCGGACCCGUAAAUGAGAAGGACGUGCAAGCUGGACAGAAGACGCACCUCUAUGGGUGCGUGCCGCUCUCCCAUCAGGUGGCUGGCCAUAAGUACGGCCGUGACAAAGCAGGAAUGCUGCAGCACCCGGAUGGUACCGUUCUCAAACAGCUCCAGCCCCCUCCUCGAGGGCAGAGGGAGAUGCAGUUCUACAGGAAGGUAUAUGCUGAAGACUCUGACGACCUCCUCUUGUCGGACCUGCAGCAUUAUCUUCCAAAAUACUAUGGCACCUGGUCUUCACCUGAUGCUCCAACGGUUCUGUACCUAAAACUGGAGGACGUGACGUGCAAAUUCAACAAGCCGUGCAUCAUGGAUGUGAAGAUCGGCCAGAGGAGCUAUGACCCGUUCGCCUCCAAGGAGAAGAAAGAGCAGCAGAUCCAGAAGUAUCCUCUGAUGGAGGAGAUUGGCUUCUUGGUUCAGGGCAUGAGGAUAUACCAGGUAACCUCUGAUCGAUAUGACACUCACGACCAAUAUUACGGACGACGUCUCGGGAAGGACACCAUCAAAGACGGGGUCGCCAAAUUCUUUCGCAAUGGAAAAAUCCUGAGGAAGGACGCCGUCGCGGGCAGCAUCCAGAAGGUUCAGAAGAUCCUGCAGUGGUUUGAAGGCCAGAGUCAGUUACACUUUUAUGCAAGUUCCCUGCUGUUUGUGUAUGAGGGUACGCCCCAGUUUGACGGCGGUGGCCUGGCUGGGAACGGCACACUCCCAGCUGUGGCUGCCCUGAAGGAGGGUAUCCCAGAAUGCAACAACAACAUCGGCGAGGUGGGCUCCCGGGAAAAUGGGCAUGUGGCGGCGGCCCUGGAUCAGGGUCUCUCCAACAUGUAUGCGCUGCACCAGAGGGGCUGCGGCCGGGACCACCGCGUCGACGUCUGCCUCCCGUGGACAUGCGCCGGCCAAGCCCCACCCGAGCAGCCCAACGGCAACAGCACGAAGCCGAGGCCGGACGCCAACGACGGCCCCCUGGAGUGCGACUCGGCGAAUGCAUGCGGUGAGGUGCAGGUCCGCAUGAUCGACUUUGCGCACGUCUUCCCCAGCACCACCCGUGACGACGGCUAUAUCUUUGGGCUGAAGAACCUGCUGUCUACACUGCAGCAGAUUCUAAACGAAUAAACAACGUUGGCAUCGAGUUUGUUGUGAUGAAUUGGGGGGGGGGGGGGGGGUGGCAAGGAGGGCAUCACAAUUCUAAAUGUGCCCCCCCCCCCUCCGUGCGAUGCAAUCUGCACUAACUUCUUUGUGCAUUACGCUGGCUUGUUCUAAACUGCGAGUAAAAGUUUAAAGUAUCCUACUCAGGUAAAUGUAUGAAUGCUCAUGUUAGUCAUCGCAAAAGAGCAGCGUGUUGCAGUGAAAGGUGCCCGUGUGCACGAUAUCUGGAAUUCUUUUGUUCCCGUUUUCUAUACUGCACAGCGAUUCUCAUAGAAAUAUUUAAUGGUAUACAAGUGAUUCCAGAUGACUGGCUAAAACUACUGAUUUUAUCUUUUUUUUUUUAAUGUGUAGGUGAUUUGUGUACUGAGAUUUUCACUAAAUGGAGGGUAUUUUAUUUUAGAUGUUUUUAUUUUUUACAUAAGGACAUGCUGUCAGUAACACUACUUGUUCAAGAACUGGUUUAUUUUAAAAACAUUAUUGGUUAAUUACCAAACUGUACAUGUUUGAACGUCAUCUUAUGCAAGGUGGCUGUUUUUGGCGAUAACAGACAGUUGGAUGUUAUUUUUUUUCUUGUUUUUAUUUAUUUGUGGUGAUGUUUUUUUUGCCCCCGGUGACUUGCUCUGCCAAAGGAGCUCUCAUGUGAGCAGGACCUAUAGGAAUACAGCUAAGGAAGGUGUCUGAAGGUUCUGUCACACCAUGAGUAAAUGUGAUCCAGGUCUCUGAGUACGGCAGCAGUGCUUUCGCCAUGCUGAAUGCAUCCAGGCCAGUGUCCUGCUCGUCUAGCCGCUACUGGCCACAUUCACUAAUUAAAAUGUGAGACCUGACUUAUGCCUUUUUGUCUGGACAACUUUUGUUUCCAAAAAUAAUGUGAACUUUACGUUUAACUACUUGUCAUUGUAAUCAUGCCUGUUUACUUACCAGUGUCCUUAAAUCCCAUUUCUUCAUUGUACAUGAUGUUUCUCCCCCCCCCCCCCCCCCUUUCGAAGUUUUAUCGCCCCUUAUCUCAUUCCUGUAUCCUUCAUUAGGACAUGAACAUGUGUAGUGCAACGAGUUAUUGGCAAUAUCAUUUGCUCUUAAGGAACUUCGUAAACGAAGUUCAGUUACCCAAAAAAUUAUAUUGCAUACAUUUGAAAGGAUAAAAAACACUACAGGGUUAUUUAAUCUAACGUUUAAAUUGUAAAGAUUGUAAAUCUUAGCUGGUUUUAGUCAAUGGCUUCCAGACUGCUAUGCACUCUUGAACAUCCAUCCAUCCAUCCUCUGUACCCGCUUGUCCUAUGCAGGGUCAUGGGGGUCUGUAGCCUAUCCUACCCCAGAACACUCCACAUUCUGACAUUUUGAGGGUCCUCCUCACAGCCGUGGAAGGAAUGCAUACAUGACUCAGACACUUCACUUCUUUAUAUUUUGAUUUGCAAUGCAAAGCUCCGAAAGUAACUCCUUUAUGAGAAACAUUGUGACUGCAGUGUAUCGUUCUUUGCAGUCAAUGAGACGGCGUAGCCACUAUUCCAUUAAUGUUCGAGAAACCUUUGCUUAUGAUGAAAGGACUUACAGAGGAGAUUUGUGUUUUUCUCAGUGUUUUUAAAUCCGCGGUGACAUGCUUCCGUGUUAUAGUGUCCAUUUUAAUUGACAGGCAUUUUCUCGAUCUACCUAAUAAUUACACUACUAGAAAUGAAACAAUUUCCAAGAAUGGAUGGGUUGUAUCUGAAAAGCUUGCGUACUGUAUAACUCCUGUUGCAGCUCUUAGUCACUGCUGUGGAAGAGGUUAAUUUAUGGGGCUAAGGGGACAAUACAGUACCUAAUACUGUAAAUAAGCAGGGUCAUUUACUGCAGCUACUUUCGGUCAACUGUGUGCUGAUUUAUAGCAAUGUCAUUGAUAAUUGAAAUAUCGCGUUUACAUUCCAUAUAUAUUUUGCUCGUUAAAGGUGUAUUAAUGUAGUGAAUAUUCAUGUCCAGGAAGCUAAUGUUUAUGGCGAAGUGGUGGGUGUGUGUUCCUCUGAUUUCUGUUCUUGUUGUUUUCUAAUGCACUGAAUCAAGUUAACCUGAAGUGUGAAAUCUUGUCCUCUUGCUGUGAACUGACCAAUGAUAUUUCCCUCUCCCAUGUGGCGGUUUUUUUUUUUUGUGGCAACGUUCGACGGAGUCGGAUUUUAGACUUUCGGGUAGCUGAGAAUGAAAAGCGACGGACCCGGGCACUUUAAAUGCAUGGGACUCGACUGGAUUUCGCCUAAGGAACUGAGCACAUUAAGGCCGAACAAUGACUCGCAUAUUGUACCGAUGACCCUGCGUGAGCUUGAACCUAGGUUAUCGCAACUGUAUUCAUUCCGUUAUCAAACCGUAUUUGGCAACGAUUUGUGGCUUCGACUUGGAAUCUCCCAUUUCUCGGUGUUCUGGAAUAAGCAGCCCGGUAUCAGACGUGAGCCAUUUCCCUGCUUAUUGUCUCUCUGUUGCAACUGUGAAGGGUGAGUCCCAGAUUUGGCUUAAUACAUGCGUACAAAUGCAGGGGAAGAUUCUUGUGUAGUAGCUUUUAUUCUCUCGCUCUGUCUUCUGAUCACGUGAAAGGAACUACUUUUGUAAAUCAAAUAUAUACAUAUAUAUAUAUAUAAUAUUUAGAUAAAGAUAAUACCUGUAUAUUUGGCAAAUUCAAAUUACUAAUAAAAUAUGCUCCUGAUGGAA